CUGCUCGACCAUGGGACAAGCUCAGUUGGCUGUGGCGCAGCCGUCAGUUCGGCUAAAAAGGAAAGCAAAGCAAGCCCUGUUUAAAUGCACUUGAAAAGUAUAUACUCGGAGUGCUAAAUCGGGUGCUAUUAUGGAUUUAUGUCUUAAGGGCUCGCAGAUAAACCUCGCCACACGACAGAAAACGAGACCCAAGCUCACCAGUCGCUCUCUGACGACUCUGAACAAUUCCGUGCCCCAUUUUCGUCCUCGCUCGGCCAACUUUCUACAUCAACGCAGUCGUUCGUCGCCUUUUCUGGGACGACCGCAGUCGGCGGAUCCGAAGUUUGGCCGCAAACUCAGUGUUUACUUUGCCGAGAAGGAUCUCAGGACUAGCAAACACCGUCAAGUAUCUUCCACGGAUCUGUUGAAAUCGCUGCUGGACGAGCCCAUCAAGCGGAGUUGGUUGUGUCGCAGCGGCUGCAAUUCUUCCACCGACGAUCAGUCGGACUGUUCACAAAAAUCGCCACACAACAGCGAGGGGGAGCACCUGGAACGGUUUAUGGCCAGCAUGCCGGAGUCCGGCAGCAGCGACAAGCUCAAAUCCUACGCUUCCAACUGGUCAGCCAGACAGGCGGGACUCAGCAAUGCGACGUUACUGCAGAAAACCGCCAAACCGGAUCUGCCCGGUAGAGUGUCUUUCAGCAAGCCGAAUAUGCACAACGACAUGGAUUCCAGUGACUGCGACAACGACAAACAGGACAUGCGACCUGGCAGCAGCAGCAACAGUAAUAGUAACAUCUCUGCUCCGGGUCCCUUAACUCUGCCCAGCUUCAUCUAUAACAAUAAUAGUACUGGUAACAGCAAUGGCAUCAGUGGCAGCAGCAAACUGGAUGCCAUCGACACUGGCGCCCAAAAGAAGUCCGUGCACUUUGGAACAUCUGUCUCGGCGGGCAGCAGCGCUGAGGUGCUCGCCGAGACAUACGAGUACCCUAAGUGUCCAUCCGAGAACUGCACCUGCAGCACACGUUCCUCAUCCACGGCCAGCACCAAUGAAGCUGCAUCCGACGCUAAGUGCGCCUGCGAUGCGCCCAGUUGUCGCUAUGCCGAUUCUGAACCCGAAGUGAAAACAUCUACCACACCUAUAGCGCCAUCGUCGUCUUUGGCGGCAACACGGCAAAAGUCACCCACGCCGGAGCUGAAUGUGAUCAGAGAGUAUAAGCAGGCGGUGGGUGGGACCUUAGAUAACAAUCUGUUGUCCAAAACCAAAUCCCUUGAGCCCAUGAAUAACGUGGAAUUGCCAAACUAUCUGGAAAAGUACGCGGCCCAGAGCAAAGACCAAAAGCAGAACAAUCUUUCCGAGAAGAAUCUCUCCAGCUCCAUCACACACCCCAACAACAAUAACAACAGCAAUAGCAACAACAAUAGCAACAAUGGUGGCGUGAGCUCUUAUCGAUCGACAGGACAACGCAAUUUUGGUGCCGAGAACAACUUUCUGCCCCUUGUGCAGGACGAUCGACGUCAAUAUAGCACUAGCAGCAACGCUGAUUCUGUGAUCAGCAAUUAUCUCAAAGUGGCCGCCACGACGCCGUUCGUCGGCAAGAAAAAGGAGAAUGUGAAGCCGGCGAGUGCAGAGACGAGUUCUCGGAAUAGUAAACCCAAAUUCCUGACCAAGAGUUCAAUUUCCAGCACGGGAGCCAAACUCAAGAAAGCCGUCAGCGUAGGGAGCCUGCGGGAGGAGCGCAAGCUAAGCGAGUACAAUCUGGAUAAGGUCGAUAGCUGGAUGAGCAUGCAGGAGCAGAAGCAGGCGUUGGCACAAUUUGAGGAACUGCAUAAACAGGGAGUCGAUGAGAUGGACGACAGUAACUCCCAGUUGUCACUUAAAUCAAAUGAGGAUUCCAGGGACUCGACUUAUGAUGAAAUUGUGUCGGUUAUCAAAGAGAUCGAGGAAGACAAAAAGCGAGAUAAUUUUGCAGAACGCUUACCCAGCGAGUUGAACCUGAAACUCGAUUCGCGUUCGGAGACUGCUGAAACGGUUAGUAAUGAUGAUCGCGUUCCGGAAAGCGGCGACAAGUACAAAGAUAUUUUGGCCUAUUUGAAUAAUGUGGAGAGCAGCUGUGACAAAACGCUGAUGGAAACUCGACGAUCUAUGCCGGAUAGCAAUCGCUCCGAGGUUGAAUUCGUUGUUGAGCCAGACGUUACCGACGAAGUGCCCAAACUGUCGGAGCUGUUGAUGCUGCCCAAUCAUCAACUGGCACGUCGUGUAAUUGCACUCACUCUACGGGCGAAUGAGUUGGCCAAUGCCAUUCACAUGUCCAAGGAACACGUUCUUCAGCUGCGCAGUGAAAAGCAAAAGUUACUGCGAGCGGAGAAGUCUAGCAAUGCCAUCAAAUUGCGUGACCAGAAAAAGCAUUACGAGGAGGUGGUGACUCGUCAUCAAGGAUUUAUCGAGCAGCUGCUAAAGGAUAAGGGAUCGCUGUGUGAGAAGGUUGCGGCGCUAACGCGACGUCUGGAGAGCCAGAAUCAAGCCUGGGAGCAUAGACUAGAAACUGAGCUAACUCGAGCGAAGGAGACGACUUUGGCUGGAGAGAAAAUACGUAGGGAGCGUUGGGUUCGUGAGAAUACCAAGAAAAUCAAGGAGUUGACAGUAAAGGGACUGGAAGCAGAAAUCAAUAAGAUGAACUGCAACCAUCAACGAGAAGUGACAGAUUUGAAGCGUUCUCAUCAGAUGCAGUUGCUCGAUGCAUUGGAGGAGGCGCGACUCAAGCACGAACAGAUCGAGAAUGGCAUUCGUGAAAGCUGUGCCCAAGAUCGUGAAGCGAUUAUUGAAAAGGAACGCAACGCUAUACGAGAGCGACUCGAGCGUCAGCUGGAGGAGGAGCAAAAAACCCAAGCGGAGUUAAGGCAAAAGCUGGCUGAUGAUUUUGCCGCAGAGCGAGAACGACUUCAGGCGGAGUUGAGGCAAAAGGAAUGCGAUUAUCAGGUUAAGCGACAGGAGGCGCAGCGCGAACAAGAUGGCGAACUGGAGCAGGCCAAGUUCGAGAUGCAGGAGAAGAUGUCAAAGCAGGAGGAGAAAUAUCAAAAUCGCAUUAAUACAAUCGAGCAGCAAUAUCUUGCGGACUUUGAGCUUUGGAAAACCGAAUAUGAAAACAAGUGCAAACUGGCGAAUGCGGAAAAGGAGAACGCUAUUAGACAACAUUAUCGGGCCGAGCGCGAUCGCCAGCUGGAUGAGCUUGUGGUGCGCAUGGAGGCGGAUGCUCUACAAAGCGGUGAGGAGCACGAGCAGAAGAUGCUGCGAUUAAAGGAAAAGUACGAAAAGGAUUUAACCCUUGCGGAGAAUGUGGAAAAGUCGCUACGGGAAAAGUAUGCGGAGAUACGUGGCAAGCUCGCAGAGUCGGAUGCUCAGGUGCGCAAUUCCCAGGCGGAGGUGCAACAGUUGCAUCUGGAGCUGGGGCACAGCAAGAAGAUGUGUGGCGAUAUCAUCAAUGAGCGUGACAAGCUCCGCGACAAUCUGAACACGGAUAUUCAGAAUGAGGUGGCCUUGCUCAAUGAGCGACAUAAGCAGGAAAUGGAACAGUUACAGAAGCGAGUUCAUCAGACCAUACAUCGGCAAGAGGAAACCAUUGAUGUGCUUAAAGGGGAUAAUGACAACCUACGGCAACAGUGCCUAAAAUUGAAUGCGGUCAUCCGGCAACAACGCAAAGAUUAUUGCGUUAAGUAGACCUGCAAUAUUAAUGUAAAGUAGCUAGUCAUAUCUGAAAUAUACCCAUAUGCUACAAUAA